AUGGGUUUACUGACGCUUGGUCGUCCAUUAAAUUGGGAAGAAACAAAAGAGUAUGCAUCACUUAUCCGUGAACACGGUAUCGAACAAUUUAUUCAUAUCCAUAACAAACUCAAAGAUCGUCGAAAUGACUGUCUCAAAUGGGGUGAUGAAGUUGAAUUUCUUAUGGUACAUUUUGAUCAUGAAAACAAAAGAGUACAACUUGCUCUUAGGUCUCAUGAAAUUUUAUCUACUCUUAUGAAACCUCAAGAUCAAAAUCCAGCUGAUUGUGUAACAUUAUGGCAUCCAGAAUAUGCAGAUUAUAUGAUUGAGGCUACGCCCGGCAAACCCUAUGGACAUUUACCGGUACAUUUCAAUAUGGUGGAAGCAAAUAUGCGUUUACGUCGACAACAAGGUCAACAAUUACUUGGUAAAGAUGAAUAUGUACUUAGUACUUCCAACUUUCCAAGAAAUGGAUGUCCUGAAUUUACUUGGCCUACUCAUAAACCAACACCAAGUACAUCAGCAUCUGCUUCAAUUUUUUUUCCUGAUGAAGUCAUUUUUCCGAAUCAUCCACGUUUUAAAACAUUAACACGAAAUAUUCGUCUGCGACGUCAAUCUAAUGUCGCUAUUCAUCUUCCUAUUUUUAUCGACAAAAAUACUCCGCGACCAUUUAUUGAAGAUUUAUCAAUAUAUGACCAUGAUGGUAAUUCGCAUGAAUCAACUGCUAUUGAAGAUCAUAUUUACCUCGAUGCCAUGGGCUUAGGCAUGGGUUGCUGUUGUUUACAAGUGACUUUUCAAGCUCAAUCAAUUGAUGAAGCACGCUUUCUAUACGAUCAACUGACUCCAUUGACUCCUAUUAUGUUAGCACUGGGUGCAUCAUCACCGAUAUGGCGUGGUUAUUUAGCUGAUAUUGAUUGUCGAUGGAAUGUAUUAUGUGCCAUGGUAGAUGAUCGAACACCUGAGGAACGAGGCCUUGAACCAUUAAAAAAUGAACGUUUUCGUUUACCAAAAUCUCGUUAUUCAAGUAUUGAUUGUUAUAUUUCACCAGACAGUGCCAUUUAUAACGAUAUUGAAGUUGUUCAAGAUGCAGAUGCCUUUCAUAAACUUACUGAACAUGGUAUUGAUCAUAUAUUGGCUCAACAUAUAGCACAUUUAUUUGUUCGCGAUUCAGUAGCUUUAUUUGAAGAACAGCUUCAUCAAGAUGAUACACAAGAUACUGAUCAUUUCGAAAACAUCAAUUCCACUAAUUGGCAAUCGAUGCGAUUUAAACCACCACCAAGUAAUAGUGAUAUUGGUUGGCGUGUAGAAUUUCGACCCACAGAAUUACAAAUGACCGAUUUUGAAAAUGCUGCACUUGUAACAUUCAUUGUUUUAUUGACACGUGCUAUUAUGACAUAUAAUCUAAAUCUACUUAUUCCUAUUUCGAAUGUUGACGAAAAUAUGCAAUCGGCUCAACACCGUGAUGCAGUUCUGCAUCAAAGAUUUCAUUUUAGAAAAUGUCUUUCAACUAUGAAAACACCUGAUACACCAUGCAUGGCAUCUGUGCAACAGUCUGCUUUUCAAGAAAAUGAAUGUGAACAUCGUCUUAUGACCAUAAAUGAAAUCAUUAAUGGAUCAAAUGAAUUUGUUGGUCUAUUGAAAAUUAUUCAGGAUUAUCUAUCUAAUAUUGAAGUAGAUGCUGAUACGCGAUGCACUAUUAAUCAAUAUUUAAAUUUAAUAAGUAAACGAGCAGCUGGUACAUUAAUGACGAAUGCAGCAUGGAUGCGAUAUUUCGUUACAAAUCAUCCAGCGUAUAAACAUGACUCAGUUGUAAACGAUGAAAUCACUUAUGAUCUAUUAUGGAAAAUGAAAAGAAUCUCAAUUGAUGAAGAAGAAUGUCCGAAAGUAUUGCCUCGCAUGUCAUCAAAAACAACACUUGAUAUUUCAGCCGCUGUUGAAAAAGAAAAUAAUGAACUAGAAGUAAAACGAUCUUUAAUGAAUCAACAUAAUCAUCACGAAUGA